UUUGCUAUAGCAAAAAUGGCAAUUUGUGCAUCUACGACCAGCUUGUUGCUCGUGUUCUUGAUGGGAUUCGUAGUAUACUCGUCUCGUGCUCAAAAUCACGUGUUUCACGUGGGCAAACACGAUGGUUGGACGCUUUCACCCUCCGAAAGCUAUAGUCAUUGGGCUCAGAGAAAUCGAUUCCAAAUCAAUGAUGAACUCGUUUUCAAGUAUCCGAAGGGAAAUGAUUCUGUUCUUGUUGUGGGAGAAGAUGACUACAACAAAUGCAACAAAAAAUCCCCAAUCCAAACCCUAAUCGAUGGCUACUCAAAAUUCAAGUUCGAUCGAUCUGGUCCCUUCUUCUUCAUCAGCGGCCACGAUCAAAACUGUGAAAAGGGCCAGAAAUUGAUCAUCGUUGUUCUCGCCGCCGAACAUCACCGCCGCAGCCACCCGCCCUCGUCCGCCCCGUCCCCAUCUUCACCCGCUAAAACCCCACCCCACGCGCCGCCGUCUCAUUCUCCUUCACCCGCCGCUUAUAACCCCGCGCCGCCACUCUCCCACUCGCCCUCACCUUCCCCAACACCCAGAACCCCAACCCACGCGCCGCCGCCUCACUCCCCAUCCCCAGCCCACGCGCGUCCGUCUCACUCGCCCUCACCUUCCCCAACAGCUCAAACCCCGACACACGCGCCGCCGUCUCACUCGCCCAAACCUUCCCCAGCAGCUCAAACCCCAACCCACGCGCCGCCUGCCCAUCCGCCGUCAUCGCCGCCUGCCCCCGUUUCUCACCAGUCCCCACCGCCUGAGGCAGAAUCACCAGAUGAUGGCGCGCCGCAGCCGGAUGCCGAUGCAGAUCCACCGGCGUUCCUAUUGCCACACCUUGCGCCGGCGCCGGCGCCGUCGUCUGCCUCGGGUUCCGAUGCUUCAUUCAUUCUGACCGUGGGAUUAGCUAUAAUUUCUGCUUGGAGUGUUGUUUAAUUUCUUUAGAAUUAAUUUUAUAUUGUUUCUGAUAAAUUUGUUUGGAUUUCAGUUAUGUUUUUGAAGAUUUCUAGCUUAUGUAUUAUCUCAAAUCAGUUAUGUUUAUGAAGAUUUUAGUUAAAGACUCUUUUCUAUCUCAA